AUGGUGGUGGCAGCUCCAACUCCAGAUGGUAAUGAGAAAACAAGAGCCACCGAGCUCCCUGUCAUUGACCUUUCGGACAGGAGGUCCGAGGUCUCGAAGCUGAUGGUGAAAGCGUGCGAAGAUUUCGGGUUUUUCAAGCUCAUCAACCACGGAGUUGCUGAUGAUAUCAUUGCCAAAAUGGAAGAACAAAGUUACCAGUUUUUCGCAAAGCCCUCCUCCGAGAAAGAACUAGCAGGCCCUUCUAAGCCCUAUGGCUACGGCUGCAGGAACAUUGGCUGCAAUGGAGACGUUGGAGAGGUUGAAUAUCUCAUUCUUGAUGGCAACCCUGCCUCCAUUGCUCGCUCCUCCGAAACCAUUUCCGCCGACGCUAUCGAGUUCAGGUGCGCAGUGAGGAGUUAUGUAGAAGCAGUUAGGGCGUUGGCAUGCGAGAUAUUGGAGGUGAUGGCAGAAGGGUUGGGGGUCCCACACACCUCAGUCUUCAGCGCCCUCGUCAGAGACGUCGACGCUGACUCCCUCCUCAGGCUCAAUCACUAUCCCCCCGUUCCCCAUUGGGACACGUCACCUUCCGACCCUCGCCAUCAAAACCCUCGGAUCGGCUUUGGCGAGCACACUGACCCUCAGAUCUUGACCCUCCUCAGAUCCAACGACGUCCGUGGCCUCCAAAUCUCACUCCACGACGGGGUUUGGGUCCCGGUCGAUCCCCACCCCCAAGCCUUCUUCGUCAAUGUUGGUGACGUGUUACAGGCCAUGACAAACGGGAGGUUCUUGAGCGUGAAACACCGAGCCACGGUGAGCUGGUACCGGUCCAGAAUGUCAAUGGCCUACUUCGCCUCCCCACCACUCCGUGCAAGGAUCGGGCCAAUCCCCGAAAUGGUGACGCCACACAAUCCGCCCCUUUACAGAUCAUUUACGUGGGACGAAUACAAGAAAGCUACCUAUUCUCGACGCCUCGGAGAUGGCCGUCUCAAUAUGUUCAGGUUCCAACCAAACGAUGAGCUCGGAAAGUGAUUUGGCCUAUAUUAUAUGCUUCUCGACCCCCCCGCCCCAACAACAAAACAAUAAUGAUUUUGUACCCUCGGAGAGGAGUUCUCAAGCUUCAAUCCUUUCUUUCCACAGGUUUUGCCAACUAUGUAGUAUGUUAGGUGUGGGAUGUGUGCCUUUCUAAAUGGACACCAUGACAUUCGAUCUCCUGAUCAGUGGUUCUGUUGUAGGCCUCAUUUCAUUGUCAAUUAACAAGGUCAUCACGCUGCUGCCACUUUUGCACC